AUGGGCCAUAUUUUCCAAGAUGCGCUGCGAACGGACGAAGAGAUUAAAGAUAUAUAUUCUAUAUCGGCUGUUGUGGAUAAGCUGCCAAUACCAGCAGGACUGGUCUCUUCGGCAAGGUCGGCUUCGCCUGAAGACUCCCCAGCCUUCGAAAAAGAAGGGUGCGAAGGAAUCUCGCUUUUGAUAGCAGACCAAGAGUCCUUAUCCGGAGACAUAGUCCGGCCCAUGCGAAGACGGGAUGUCUCAAUGCCUGAAAUCGAGCCCACAAUUACGUAUGCCAUGACUUAUGAGCAAGAUGGAGGUGAAAAAGUUUCCACUGAAGUUGGGGUCCGCAUCGCAAACACGAUUUUUGUCACCGGCACACCGCGAACAAUGCUGGCAUCACGUUGGCGGUUUGAUGAGGAAAUUGGGAAAUUGAAACCAAAGGAAACGAAGGAUCUUGUGAUUUGUCGAAUCGAAUCUAAUGCCAAUUCGUCUGUCACGCCGUUUAUACCUUUGCAUCCAGUUACGCAGCCUAGGAAAGUCAUUACAAGCAUGGGGAACGUUCUGAGUCAGAUUUCAACUGGAAAUGGUUCCACAAAAUCCGCGCCAGCAUCGGCGGAACUAGAGAAAGCCCUCCCAGCAUAUAUCGAUAAGCAUCAGUUGCAAAAUCGCAGGCUCGCAGUUUGGGCUCUCGUCAAACCCGAAGAAUUACAUUGCUCCUCAGAGGCUAGCCCUGAAGCCAGUGGAACAGACGACGUAUCUAAUGCAAUCAAAAAGAGUGCUCGCCUUCACCGUCUCAUGAGCGGAGGAGGAGGGUGGGGUAAAAAGCAGGGUCUGCUUUCUCUAGAUCCUGAAUACAGUUACCAGGAAGAGCACAGCUCUGGCCACCGUCGUCCUAUUAAUGAACUAUUCGAAAGGAACACUAUUGAGCCCGAUAUCGAGCAGACAGCCUUCGAUUCGUUCCCUAGCUUUAUGGAAUUUAAUAAUGGAAAACUCGUAACGCCACUCUCCGAGGCUGCAAAGCCAGGAGAUACCGUACAGUUUUUUGUUGCACCGUUAGACACGGCAGUGCCCAUCCACAGUCCACUAGGUCAUACGAAUUCUUCGCAGGGCUCUCAACCCGCGGAAGUGGCGGAACGCUUUAUCUUCGGGGUGAUUCCUUCUGUCGAGACUGCUUCCGUCCCUGUGGCAGGUCUUGAAAAUGACUUGCGAUCUUCGACCCAGGUAUCCGAUAAGCAUCUUAUUGUGGUCCCAAACCAUUUUGGGGCGCUGUCUGAGAACGGUAUAACUUUUACUACCUUCGAGCAGGAUAGCCUGACGGGAGCUGACGAGCGGGCUCUCGAAGUGUCCGGAACAAAGAUUGAUGUUCCUGGCUCAAGAAUAAGCAUCAGAACCCAAUUUAAGUCCACGCUUGUUCAUAAUCUCCCAAGAUGCCUUCAGACCUCUGGAUGCUCUUCUGCCAUCAUCUUCACAUGUUUCGGUGCUGCCUAUGGGACGGCUAAGGCCGGUGUCGGUGUCUGCUCGACAGCCGUCCUGCGACCAGACCUGAUUGUGAAGAACAUCGUUCCUAUUGUCAUGGCUGGUAUUAUCGGUAUCUACGGGUUGGUUGUGUCAGUCUUGAUAGCAAACGACUUGGGCCAGAACAAGUCGCUGUAUACUGGCUUCAUUCAACUUGGUGCAGGCCUUUCUGUUGGUCUUGCCGGUUUGGCUGCAGGAUUCGCCAUUGGCAUCGUCGGUGAUGCUGGUGUUCGUGGAACAGCCCAACAGCCUCGCCUCUUCGUCGGAAUGAUCCUGAUUCUCAUUUUCGCAGAAGUCUUGGGUCUUUACGGACUUAUUGUUGCCCUCCUUAUGAACUCGCGCGCCUCGGGCGCUGAGUGCUAAGCAUUGAACGGCACUAUAUGAACAUUGUUCACCAUCACUUUCGCGUACAUCAGAUGUCGAUCAAAGUUGGUGACAAUGUGUUGACUAAACGUAUAGUGAGUGUGAAUAGUGAUGAAUUUAUUAUCAUGUUAUGAGCAUCCCUUUAAAUGAGCUAGGGUGGACGGCCUAAUAAUCCCUCUAUUAUACCAAGCCUGUUUCGUUCUGUUUGUGGUGGGAAGAAACAUGUAUCCAAACUCUCAUUCUUGGGCUUACCUGAGCUUUGUUAUUCUACCUCUCUGGGAUUGCACCUUACUUCAUCUUAAAUUUUUCCUCUCUUUUUGCCGGUUUUUAUUAUUAUACGCAUGCCGCCUUCGUGUAGCCUCCUGCCCUUUGUUACUAUGCCGUAAUUGUUUUUUUGGUACCUGUGCUAGACGUGGAUUUUGAAUACUGUGGGCUUGAUCAUCUUAAACCUCGUGUGCAUGUAUAUGUAUGUGUGCCUCGUAUGUACUGCAAUCAACGCGUUUUAUGGCUUGG